AUGGCCGCGGGGUGCACGUGCGGCGUGGAGGACCUGCUGGCCAGCGGCGGCCGCUUCCUGUGGAGCCUGACGGUGUCCGCGCUGCGGCGAUGGUACGCCGAGCGGCUGCGGGCUUGCCACCAGGCGCUGCGGGCGUGGUGCGGGCUGCGCGCCGUGUACCAGAUGACGGAGGGCAGGCCCUGCCAGGUGCACCUCCUGGACGGCCGCCGGCUGGAGCUGCUGGUGCAGCCCAAGCUGUUAGCGCAGGAGCUGCUGGACCUCGUGGCUUCGCAUUUCAACCUGAAGGAGAAGGAGUACUUUGGAAUCACAUUCACAGAUGACAUCGGUCAGCAGAACUGGCUGCAGUUAGAUCACCGGGUCCUGGACCAUGACUUGCCCAAGAAACCAGGCCCAGCCAUUUUGCACUUUGCCGUGAGGUUUUACAUCGAGAGCAUCUCGUUCCUGAAGGACAGGACCACCGUGGAGCUGUUCUUCCUGAACGCCAAGGCCUGUGUGCACCAGGGGCAGAUCGAGGUGGACAGCGAGACCGUCUUCAGGCUAGCGGCGCUGGCUCUGCAGGAAGCCAAAGGGGAUUACACCAGUGAUGAAGAUGCCAGGAAGGAUCUAAGGACACUCUCAGCCUUCCCCACCAGAACUCUGCAGGAGCAUCCGUCCCUUGCUUACUGUGAGGACAGGGUCAUCGAGCAUUACCUGAAAGCCAGGGGUCUGACCCGGGGUCAAGCUGUGGUCCAAUAUAUGAAAAUAGUAGAAGCUCUACCGACAUACGGAGUCCAUUAUUACGCAGUAAAGGACAAACAAGGACUUCCUUGGUGGCUUGGAAUCAGCUAUAAAGGAAUCGGCCAGUAUGACUUACAAGAUAAAGUGAAACCUCGGAAACUAUUCCAGUGGAAACAGCUGGAAAACCUAUAUUUCCGGGAGAAAAAAUUCGCUGUUGAAGUUCACGACCCCCGGAGGAUUUCAGUGUCAAGAAGGACCUUUGGGCAAAGCGGCCUCUUUGUGCAAACCUGGUAUGCACACUCUUCACUCAUCAAGUCCAUCUGGGUGAUGGCCAUCAGUCAGCACCAGUUUUACUUGGACCGGAAGCAAAGCAAAGCAAAAAUUCCUUCAGCCAGAAGCUUAGACGAUAUCGCGAUGGAUUUGACGGAGACGGGAACCCCGAGGACCUCCAAACUGGUCACUCUGGAGGCCAAAAGCCAGUUCAUUAUGGCCAGCAAUGGCAGCUUAAUCUCCUCAGGUUCUCAAGACUCGGAAGUUAGUGAGGAGCAGAAGAGAGAGAAGAUCCUGGAACUGAAGAAGAAGGAAAAGCUGCUGCAAGAAAAGCUCCUGAAGAAAGUCGAGGAGCUGAAGAAGAUCUGUCUGCGGGAGGCUGAGCUCACGGGCAAAAUGCCAAAGGAGUACCCGCUGGGCAUCGGUGAGAAGCCUCCUCAGGUCCGAAGGCGUGUGGGCACCGCGUUCAAAUUAGAUGACAACUUGCUCCCCAGUGAAGAGGACCCUGCUUUGCAAGAGCUGGAGAGCAACUUCCUAAUUCAGCAGAAGCUGGUGGAAGCUGCAAAGAAGCUUGCCAAUGAGCCAGACCUGUGUAAAACCGUGAAGAAAAAACGAAAGCAAGAUUACACAGAUGCAGUGAGAAAGCUCCAGGAGAUUGAAAACGCAAUAAAUGAAUACCGCAUCAGGUGUGGGAAGAAGCCUACCCAGAAAGGGACAGGUACCUUACCAGAAGACAUAAUCCCCUCAGAAAGCAGCUCCUUGUCUGACACUACCACCGGAGAUGAUCUCAAUGACACCUUCACCCUUGCUGGACAGCGGUCAAGUUCAGUGCCUCAUUCUCCAAGAAUUCUCCCCCCCAAGUCUCUGGGUAUUGAGCGAAUCCACUUCAGAAAGUCGUCCAUCGGUGACCAGCUGGUGGAUGCCAGGCAGGCCAGAGAAAUGCUGUCGACACACAGCAGUCCUUACAAGACUCCGGAGAGGCGGCCCCCGGGCGGGCGGAGCAUGCCCAGCACCCCGGUCCUCACACGCAAUGCCUACAGCAGCAGCCACUUAGAGCCCGCCUCCGCCCCUCACUGCCGCCAGCGCAGCGGCAGCCUGGAGUCCCAGUCGCACCUGCUGUCGGAGCUGGACCACGACGGGCCCUUCUUCUCGCUCUGCAAGGCCCAGCGCAGCAGCAGCACCGAGGUGCUGGACGACGGCUCCUCCUGCACCAGCCAGUCCAGCGCCGAGUGCUACUGCGCGCCCGGCCCCCGCCCCGGCGCCCACACCCUGGACGCCCGCGCCCGCGGCCGGCGCCGGUCCCGGAGGCAGAGCGCCGCGCCGUCCAGCUCGGGCAGCAUGCCCAACCUGGCGCCCAGGGACGGCCUGCGCGACGGCGUCCGCGGCCCGGGCCCCGAGCAGCCCUCCUACUACAUCGCCGAGUGCGACCUGUACUACGGCGGCGGCCACGUCUACGAGAACGACACGGAGGGCCAGUACAGCGUCAACCCUUCCUACCGCGCCUCCGCCCUCCACGGCCACGGCCGCCCGCGGGACUACGGCAGGGCCUUCCACGAGGACGAGGUGGACCGGGUGCCCCACAACCCCUACGCCACCCUGCGGCUGCCCCGCAGGGCGGGGGGCGCGGAGCGCGCCACCAAGCACAUCCACAGGGCGCUGGUGGCCGAGCACCUGCGCGGCUGGUACCAGCGGGCCUCGGGCCAGAGGGAGCAGGGCCCCGGCCCGCAGGGCGGCGUGGACUCGGAGCGGGCGGCCCCGCGCUGCCUGGGGCUGGCAGGGCUGCAGGGGCCCUGCUCGCCCGGCAGCCGCGCGUCCUCCUACUCCUCAGUGUCUUCUACGAACGUUUCUGGGAGCUGGCGGACCCAGAUGACAGUCGGGCUUUCUGAGUACGAGGCCCCGGCACAUCCUUCCUACACCGCCUGCUACAGUGGCUUCUACAGCCCUUUGCCCUCUCCAGGCAGGCAGUACGCAGAGGCCGGCGCCCUGGACGGCGCGGCCGCGGGCGGCCUGGAGGCGGCCGAGCAGGGGCUCCUCUGGCACGAAGACUCCAAGCCCGGGACCUUAGUCUGA